UCCUCGCGCUCGGGAGCUGCUCCAGGAUUCGAGAGAAGAGGAUCGGACGGGCAGACAUCAGCUACACGGCUCGACAACCAUGCAGACACUCGGGCUCCCGGUUCUGCUGUUCUGGCUCGUCUGGGGCCACCACUCCUGCGCUCUUGGCGGCAAAGUCAACAAGCACAAGCCGUGGAUUGAGACGUCCUACCAUGGUGUGAUCACAGAGAACAUGGACACGGUGCUGCUGGACCCUCCGCUGGUCGCUCUAGACAAGGAUGCCCCGGUGCCCUUUGCUGGGGAGAUUUGUGCCUUUAAGAUCUACGGUCAGGACGCUCCGUUUGAGGCAGUGGUUUUGAAUCGCACGUCAGGAGAAGGAGUCCUGAGGGCCAGCGGUCCUGUGGACUGUGAGAUCCAGAAAGAGUAUACCUUCAUAAUCCAGGCCUACGACUGUGGGGCCGGACCGACGGGGGCCGACUGGAAGAAAUCCCACAAGGCGGUGGUUCACAUCCAGGUGGAUGACGUGAAUGAGUUCUGCCCUGUGUUUCGUGAGCCACUGUACAAGGCAUCAGUGACAGAAGGGAAGAUCUACGACAGCAUUUUGCAGGUGGAAGCUUGGGACCAGGACUGUUCGCCACAGUACAGCCAGAUCUGCAACUAUGAAAUUGUCACUGCAGGGACGCCAUUUGCCAUAGACCGAAAUGGUAACAUCAGAAACACGGAGCGGCUGAGCUAUGACAAGCAGCAGAGCUACAUGAUUAUGGUGACAGCCUUUGACUGUGGUCAGAAGAGAGCGAAGGAGGAUGUGGCUGUGCAUAUUGAUGUCAAGCCUGUCUGCAAACCUGGAUGGCAAGGUUGGAACAAGCGAGUAGACUACGAGCCAGGGACUGGAAGCAGGCAGCUGUUUCCCAAGAUGCACUUGGAAACGUGUGGAGGUCCCCUGUCCGGCGUGAAGGCAAUGGUGGAGCUGCAGACCAAUCACAUCGGGAAGGGCUGCGACCGGGAAACGUACUCUGAGAAGUCUCUGCAAAAACUCUGCGGUGCAGCAUCGGGCAGCACCGACCUCCUUCCUGCCCCCAGCCCUUCCACAAACUGGACGGCGUCUCUGCUAACUGACAGUGGCCGAGACAGCGACCUCAUCUACAGAUUCGACGGGCGUCAGGCUGCUAACGUUCCCGACCACGUCGUGCCCCAGAACCUGACAGAUCAGUUCACCAUAGCAACGUGGAUGAAACACGGGCCCAGUCCAGGACUCAGAGCUGAGAAGGAAACCUUACUGUGUAACUCUGACAAGACCGAAAUGAACCGCCACCAUUACUCUCUGUACGUCCACAACUGCCGCCUGGUGUUUCUGCUCCGAAGAGAUUUCACUCAGGUCGACACGUUCAGACCCGCUGAGUUCCACUGGAAACUGGAGCAGAUCUGUGACAAGGAGUGGCACUACUAUGUGAUUAAUGUGGAGUUUCCUGCAGUGACACUAUUCGUGGAUGGUGUGACCUAUGAACCCUACCUGGUGACGGAUGACUGGCCGAUCCACUCCUCAAAGAUUGAUACACAGCUCACUGUGGGCGCCUGCUGGCAAGGUGGUGAGGUCGCAACCCCGAGGUUUACCCAGUACUUCCAUGGCAGCCUCUCAGGUCUGACAAUCCGACCAGGACGCAUUGAAACCCAGAAGGUUAUCUCCUGCUUGCAGGCCUGCAAGGAAGGCCUUGAUAUUAACUCCCUUGAAAGCCUCGCUAAGGACAUCAAGUUCCAUUUCAACCCUGCCCAGUCUGUGCUGGUCGUGGACGGAGAGGAUGUUGACAGCAUCAACACGGCCAUGACCAAAGUCUCCUACAUCAACUCUCGUCAGUUCCCCACGGCCGGCCUCCGACGGCUGCACAUCACCACCACAGUGCAGUGUUUCGGAGAGGACACGUGUCUCUCCAUUCCAGACAUCAAGGCGGUGGUGAUGGUCCUGCCGCCCAGUGAACCGAGAAUCACCAUUACAGGAUCUAAUCGACUCGUCAGGCCUGCCGGUGACCUGCGGGCCCCGCUGGGUGUGGCACCCUUCAAAGAGCUUCACAUCACCAGCACCGUGAUGAAGGGAGACAGCUUCGGUGGAUCCCGCAGACCAGGUGUGAUGGAGGUGAUGCAUAACCUGGACUACUGCGAUGUGCUGGUAAUUGGCGAUGAGCUGAAUCCUGAGAGAGAAAGUCUGGAGAUUCAUCACAGCGCUCUGUUGGGAAAACACCUGGAUGCCACCAACUCCACCUCUGGGAUAUCAAUAUAUGGAGUGGACUCCAUGGCCCACUAUGAGCAGGCGCUGAGACAGGUGCGCUACAGGAACUGGCGACCUGCCACCCUGAGCGAGAGAAGGUUCAGACUCACCUGCUCCGAACUGAACGGACGCUACACAAGCAAUGAGUUCAAUUUAGAGCUCAGCGCUCUUCACCACUCGGCACCAGUGGAACACGUCAAUCAUAUGGUGGCCCAACCUCAGUACAUGAGACCCGUCCAUCACCCGCUCAUGAUACACACUCUCAACUCGCACAUGUCAGGAGCAGCGCCUCCAGCAGCCACAGCCGUUAUCGUGGUUUGUAUCGCCGCCCUGGUGGUGAUUGUGGUGAUCGGCGUGUACAGGAUCCACGCCACACAUCAGGAGGGGUCCAGAGAGGACGAGGACGCCGGCAAAGAACCUGAGGAAGACUGGGACAACUCUGCGCUCACCAUCACUGUCAACCCCAUGGAGAACAUAAAAGGAGCUCAGGCGCUGGACGAAGAGGUAAAAGAAGAAGGACGUGAGCAGGAGGAAGAGGAAGAGGAGGAGGAGGAGGAACAGGUGGGAGGAAUGACGAGCACCGAGUCAGACAACAGCGAUGAAGACGAGGAGGAGGAAGAGGAAGACGAGAGAGAGAAGGUGAAAGAGAGGAAGCAGAAGGGAAAACUAGAGUGGGACAGUUCCUCCGUAACAUACUGACCACACACACAUAAACACACAUACCUGCAGACACAAACCGUGUUCGUCUCUCUCUCUCUUUAUCAACCACACACACACACACACACACACACACACAGCUCAUCCUUCAUGCACACAAAAACAAAAAUCUCUGAUGAAAUUAUUUACAAUCUGUUGCUGGAAAAAAAAACAAAACAAAAAACACUUUGAAUCUUCCCACGUUGUCGUCAUUUUUAACGAAACGCCUCCCUCUGCUGGACAAUGUCAGAACUACAGAAUCGGCUCCAGUCCCACAGUGCUGGAAUAAAAAAAACAAACAUUGUGUACGCAUUAAUUAAAAUUCAUGUCACAGCCCGUUAAGAAGGAAAAUAAACUAUGAAUAGCAAACGAGCACAGUCAUCUGAUUAUAUUGUGCACGAUUAUCUGGAGUUUGCCUGAUAAAACUGAAUCCAAACUCAAGUCGGAUGUUAAGUAGUGAAACAAAAGUCUCUCCAUGUUGUUCAUUUACACAAAGAUAAUGUCGGCUUCAAUCCAAUAUUUAUUUUUGCAUCCUCAGAUUACGUUUGUGUUGUUUUAUUUUUUAAAGAAACAAUCUCCAAGAUGAAUGAGAUAUUAUUCACAGAUUUAGCAGAAGUGUAUUCACAUACAUAUCCAUUAUUUAAUGUACCCAUACACAUUUUCUGUGUAGUUCCUUUGGCCUAUAUAGUGGGUAUAACAUAGCUGUACUGUCUGUCUGUCACUAAGUGUAAUAUCCUCUGUUCUCAUCUCGUACUCCAACCAGACUGUGGUCUGUCUGUGUGAUCAGCGCUGAGUUUCUCUUAAUAAAUACGUGGCAGUGCUGUGGUUCUGUGGCCUGGACACUAAAGAGAAACAAGAUCCUGUUCUGUUGUGUCUCAUAUCACAAACGUUCCACAUGUCGUCCUCAUUUAUACACACAAAGCAGAAUUUCUCAGCCGUUUCAUAUCUUAAACAUUUGGUUUUAUGUUUUCAAAUGACACUGUGGCCUAUUGUAGCCUCUGCUGUUCUGGGGUCAGAUCAGUUGUCUUUCUUUGUUCAGCAGAUGAAAUGAUACAGAGAUGAUCAAGAUUCCUGUCUCCAUGUUUAAUGGGAGCCCUCUAUGCAAAUUACGGGCCCAGUAUAAAUGACCAGUGUGUAAGAACAAGUGGGGGGGGCGCUCCAUCGAUUUAGUUUUGCAGAACUUGAAAUCGAAAAAUAGGUUAAAAUCUCAACGAAGGCAGCAAUAUCUUGACUUUAGUGCCUAGUAUGGAUCUAUCUCCAAAAACAAUACACUUCCCAUAAUGCAACUCAGCAACAUCUCUACCUAUACUGCAUUCACAUCCCAUUUAAGUUAGGAAGUCAUUGUUCCAACUUUACUGUGUUCAUGAGCUUUUAAAUCCUAACGUGGAAGCAGCAUGGACGCUACGACAGCUGUUUGAACAACCCAAUACCAUCUUCAAAUUACACGUGAGCAAAAAGUUCAUGUGCAAUAUGUUGAUUAAUAAAAAGGUUUAUUACCAUCAACUGAUCACUUACUUUCAUCCGCCAUGUUUCUGCAUGUAUGACGAUAAAGCUGGGAAGUCGUGUUCGCAAGAGUUUCAGCUGAAAUUUUCCCAGCUGGGAACUGAUUUUUCUGAUUAUUCUGACACCACGUGAAAACACUAUGAGACCUGCCCGACAAAUACCCAGGAUCUGGUUUCACACAGAGGGACUUUAACUGUGGCUUUAAAUCAAACCGACAGUCAGACAUCAGACUGACGUCUAAAUGAAUCCUUUGCAGAGACCUGUCUGUUUCUUGACAACUUUAAGUAAGACUAAUUUGCUUUGAAUUCUGGGUCAGUUUAAGACUUAGAAGUAAAAAUCGUGGCUGUCAGAGCACCUGUGUCAAACCUCUCUGCAGUAAAAUGAUUCUUUCGACAGUUAUAGUCACAUUGUCCUGAGAAAAUUCAGCAAAAAGUGGAAAAACACAAAAAUCCUGCUGUAGCAUAAAAUCUCCUCACGGUGUAGAUGUGACACACAGCUGUGGCUAACGAUGUCCUGCGCGCUGUAUGUUUCCAAAAGGUUGCUGCACUCUCCAAAAACAUUUGCCUGUCACACUCGCGUUACAACGUUUUCGGCCAAGUGCUAGUUAUCAACCACAAUCUCUUCUGUUGUGACUCGCUGCCUGUGACACAGAUUGUUGCUGAUUGUCAGAGUAACGUGACUCUUAGUUGGAAACCAAGUCGGACUUGAUUCUUGUAAAACCGUCCGAGGUUCAGAUCAGCCGAAUGCUGCAGACUGACACCGUGUCCUUUUGAACUCCACGCCUCCAGUUCGUGUUCAACAUUUGUCUCACGUCUAAGCAGAUCUAACCCUGAUCACAUCCCGAGGCUUGUUUUUCAGACGCGUUCAGCUCCUCUUGAGCCGCAGACGCCAUUAAACGAAAUAGUAGAAGUAGUAAAAUUGGUGGAGUGCCCCUUUAAAUACCUACAAAGCUGAAUGCCCGGAGAAAGGAAUCAGAGAGCGACUGUUUGAUUCACUGGUGCAGUCACGUCGGCACCGCUUCACCAGAUCCACGAGCAGAAGUGGAAACGUUAUUGAUAUUUAUUCCAUCUUGUGUCGUCGUUUUUGCUGAUUAACUCAGACACAACGUAGUUCCAUGAGUGUGUCGACAUGCAGAUGAUCUAAAAGUAACUCCGUGUCUCUUUGACAUCCUCAGAGGACUCACCUGUUCACACAGUGUCAGUGACUAUUAGUCCCUCUGAGCUCUUUACCUGAGCCGUCCCGCCCUCCUCCGUCCCUCUGUUGGCCUUUAAGCACCUGUGAUUGUGAUGUCAUCAUUGUGAAACAACUGCCUUGUUUCCCUCGUUCUCCCCCCUUUUUGUCAUAUUGUGCUUCUGAAAGUUUAAAGACAAAAAAAAAGAUGAUUCUUUUACAUAUAAAAAAAAAAAAACAAACCCUGUAAAAAUGUUCAAGACAGUUAUUUUAUAUAUAUCCGUUUCUUUUUUGUUUUUGUAAACAAAAUGGUUGGGAUUUCUCUCUCUUUAGUGGUCAUCCCACUGCUUUCUGUAUAUUGACCAAUAAAGACUUGUUUUAGACUCUA